AUGAUACAAGUUCAUGAUAGCCGCAUCACCAUCAAAACUCCCUUACCACCACUGGAGGUUUCUACCAUCGACACAUCGGAAGUAGCACUUACACCACCGGAAUCAAAGUCAUCGCUACACCUUCACAGCUUACACCUUCUUGAUCCAGAAUGCGUAACCUCCGAGUUCGACAAACUGCGUUUCGAGGCUGCAGCACAUGACCAACUUGUCUUUCACGACAAACAGCUUCACCAGCCUGCAGCUGAUAAUUCCACACUUGCAACCUCGGAACAGGAACGCAAUAAAACCGUCUCUCAGCCCGGACAAGUAUUUUCUACCCUCCUAAUCUCCUCCCCCUACAACACCCCGGGCCAUCACCUCGACUUCUCCUCCCCCCACCUAACCACCGCAUCCCGGCUCCUCGCCCUAGCCCUGACAGCACUCAAACCCUCAACCCCCACCUACGCGACUGCGCCUUACGGCCAAGCCCUAAAUUUCGAUACUGUCCUAGCUCUCCUUCGCGACUUGAUUCACGAAGAGAGGUUUGAAUGGAAAGAAACAAGUUUCUACGUCGUCGUCUUCCGUUCGCAGCUCAAAGAAGGAAUUGAUCAGGAGUGGCUGUAUCGGCUCGAUGAGGAGAGUCAUCGCGAAGCAUGUGAGAGUGGGGGGUUGUUGAAGUAUUGGUUUGGAAAGGGAGAUGGGGAGAGGAGGAAUCUGGCUACUUGCUUCUGGCACAGCAGGGAAGAUGCGUAUAAGGGUGGUUUGGGACCUUGGCAUAGAAAGGCAAGGGCUGCGGGACGGGAGUUGUAUGAGAGUAUUGUGUUUAGCACGUAUCGACUUACUGUGACGGAUGGCGUUGAGGGGUAUGCAUUUGAGGAGUGGGUGAAGUGA